GGCUGUGAAGACGGAGGGCUACGUUCCACAGCAGGUCUUCAACUGCGACGAGACCGGGCUGUUUUGGAAGAGGAUGCCCAAAAGGACUUUCAUCACAUAGGAGGAGGCCAAGUUGCCUGGCCACAAGCCCAUGAAGGACCGUCUGACCCUGCUCUUCUGUGCCAAUGCAAGCGGCGACCUGAAGAUCAAGCCCCUGCUGGUGUACCACUCGGAGAACCCACGGGCCUUCAAGAAACACAAGGUCGACAAGGAGCAGCUGAGUGUCAUGUGGCGAUCCAACAGUAAGGCUUGGGUCACACGUGUGCUGUUUGUGGACUGGGUCAAUCUUGCUUUUGGCCCUGCUGUCAAACAGUACCUGCUGGACAACAACCUGCCGCUGAAGGCUUUGCUUCUGAUGGACAAUGCUCCUGCUCAUCCUAAAGGCCUUGAGGUGGACUUGCUGGAGGAGAUCAGCCAGAGAAAUUUGAAUUGCGCUUGGCGCAGCCUGUGGCCGGACUGUGUGGCACCAAGUGACUCUGAUGCACCAGAGUCAACAGUGGUGCAGGACAUUGUUGCCUUGGGGAGGACCAUGGGCCUGGAGGUCACAGAGGAGGACAUCAGCGAGCUGGUGGAGGAGCACGACCACGAGCUGACCACCCAGGAGCUGGUCAAACUGCAGGACCACAAAGCUGCCUACCUAGCUCUUGACACAGCCCAUCCACGUUGGAUAUCAGAAGGAGUAAAAGAUGAGUAA